AUGUCCUUUUCCGACUUGUCACAGCCGGGGCAGUUUUCCGGCGACUUUCAGACAGACAGCAUUCCGAAUGGAUCGGACGCGCCAGGUUCCAGCGGGGAUGCUGAGGGGGACUUCGUACCUGAGCAUGGAACAAAUGGACUGGAUACCAUCGCCGAAGGGAAGCAGAAUGCUAAAGCUGUUUUAGCAGCUUCGGGUGUUUCCCUACCCAAUGCCGACACCUCUAAUGGGAAACUGUCGCCUAACUCCUCGUCGAACAACGCGAACGGGUCGGCAUCCACUCGAAAGCGAUCACGCGACGGCUCUGUUAUUCGUACCUCCAGUCCGGUGCAAGAGCUUCCAGUGCGCACGCGCGAAACCCCCGCCAACAAGAUUCUACUUGAACAGUAUGUCGAAAGAGAAUUUCUCCACUCGGCCUUGACGGCGUGGCACAAUCCCAGCCAGGAGUUGAUACAGCAGAAGCGUGCCGAGCGGGAUUACUACUUAGCUUUACGCCGCGAGACCCAUUUGAACCCGGCCGCCCUAUACGGCGUGGGCUAUGAGGGUUUUGGGAAUCCCCGGACUGAUCUGCGAAAUCAACAUCCGCAGUUGUUAUAUCCGGCAAACCGUCGCCGGCCAGGAAAUAGGAAGACGAGGGAGCUGCGUGUACCACGAAAAGACUUGAAGAUACAGAAUGAGCAGAUAGAGGAUCUCGUACCGAUCCGCCUGGAUAUCGACUGGGAGAAGGUCAAGAUACGCGAUGCGUUCACCUGGAAUCUUCAUGACCGGGUUGUCUCCCCUGAACUCUUUGCUGAGAAGUUGGUGGAGGACUUGAGCCUCCCGCUUGAGACGUGUGCUCCUCUCGUGCGAAUGAUCUCACAAAACAUCCAAGAACAACUAGCGGAUUACUAUCCUCAAAUUCAUAUGGAAGAGGAACCCCUCGACUCCAGCUUACCCUACACUGCUUACAAGAAUGACGAAAUGCGCAUCCUGGUCAAACUCAACAUCACCAUUGGCCAACACACCCUUAUCGAUCAGUUCGAGUGGGAUAUCAACGAUCCCUAUAACUCUCCUGAAGAAUUCGCCGCGCGUAUGACCGACGACCUCUCUCUCUCCGGCGAGUUCACUACUGCAAUUGCCCAUGCGAUACGUGAACAGUCACAGCUCUUUACCAAGUCCCUCUAUAUCAUAUCCCACCCCUUCGAUGGUCGCCCGGUCGACGAUCCGGACCUUAAGGCGGCAUUCCUACCCUCUCCGCUAUCUUCCUCCUUCAGACCUUUCCAAGCGGCCAAGGAAUUCACUCCUUAUCUCUAUGAGCUCAACGAAGCGGAGCUCGAGCGCACCGAGGUGUCAAUAUCUAGGGACCAACGCCGGCAAAAACGAUCCGUGAAUCGCCGCGGUGGCCCGGCUUUGCCGGACUUGAAAGAUCGCCAACGGACUAUUCGUACGAUGCUCGUAUCCUCCGUUAUUCCCAACACCGCGUCAUCGAUCGAGGAAAGCAAUGUCUUCAAGCGCUCUGGAUCCAGUCGGCACAGACGCGCCGCAGUUGGGCAGCGUGACGGUGGUGAUGAGUCAGAUGAGUCGGAUAGCGAUGAGUCGUCGAUGACCGGUUCCCCUGCAGUUGGGCCCCAUCUUGCCCAGGGAACUGCAAGAACAAGAGGAAUGAGAGGUGCUGCAAGCGCAGCCCACGCCGCUUUGCGCGCAAGUCUGGCACAUUCCGCCACCCCCGAACCCCAUCACGAACCCCGGGUCUCUGCAAGACGACGAGACUACCGCGAAGAAAGUGUCGUCGAGGAACAGGAAAAGCUUAUUGUGAAGUUGAAGAUCCCUCAGGAAAAGUUCCGCCAAUUCCUUGCAGGCGGGCUUCGGUCACAGCCACCAGCUUCCGCAUCCACGCCAGGACCCCAACCCACAUCGCAGAGCGGCACGCCUCAACUACGAACGCCGACCCCGAGUACCAUGGCUCCGCCAUCACAGCCUAAACCGCAGGUCCAUAUUCCCAACACAAGUGGGCACUUGCCCCAGCGGCCUGUACAACAGCUGGGGGCGGUGGAUGCUACACAUCCGCCUCAGCCCGGCGUACCAGGACCUCCCCCUCCUGCCUGGUUAUCGGCAGGUCUUGCCCGCUUGAACCGCUCGCAUCCCAACGAUUCAUUUGAGGGUGUCAUGCGCUACACCGCUGUCGACACGGAGACGAUGCUCCCGGUAGCAAACGCGAACAGCCAGCCUGGUCACCGGUUGAAAUAUCAAUACCUCCCCCGGAUCCGUUGUCACGACUGCCCGGGCAAACUGUACACCCCCGGCCCCGGCAUGACGGUAGACAACUUCGAGGUCCACUUGAGAAACCGACAGCACAAAGAACGCGUGGAGGAGAGACUCUCGAGGGCGGCGGCUGCCGCAGCUACCAGCAACGUAUCUUCGUAA